CAAGGUUGGUCAUUGGCUCGAGCUCACCUCCCACGACAACGACAGCCAUGUUCUCCUGCAGGACGGGGCUGCGUGCGCUUCGCACACCCAACGCGUUCGUCGGCCCGGUCAGAGCCCAUGGCCACAUCCGCGCAUACCGGCAAUACCGCUUCGGCGGCCAGCGCCCGCAGUACCAGCGCUUCCAGACGGCAUCCAACUUCUUCAUGAGAUGGGCCGCGAAGCCGACAUUCUACAGAGACGUCGGGCUGCUGAGCGUGGGUGCGGGCGGUGUCUAUGUGUGGAACUUGGAGGAGGUACCGGUCUCCGGACGCCGCCGCUUCAAUAUCAUCUCCCCCGCAUUCGAAGAAUACAUGGGCCAGAUGUCAGUGGAGGAGGUGAAGCAGGAAUACGGAGGCAAGUUUCUCCCGGACUGGGACCCGCGCGUGCGGCAGGUCAAAAAGGUCCUGGAUAGACUGCUGCCAUAUGCCCAAGGCGCCGGGCUGCACAAUCUAGACUGGGAGGUUUAUGUGAUAGACAGCCCGGAGCAGAAUGCAUUUGUCGCACCGGGCGGCAAGGUCUUCGUCUUCACCGGCAUCCUUCCACUGUGUCGCAACGAGGACGGCAUUGCCGCUGUUCUUGGGCAUGAGAUUGCACAUAUUGUUGCCCAUCAUACUGCUGAGAGGAUGAGCCGAGCUCCCCUCAUUCUGCUCGGCGCUAUAGGGCUGAUGUGGUUCGAUCUCUCGCUUUACUCUAGCAAGAUGCUCCUUGACCUGGUCCUAUCUUAUCCCUGUAGCAGAAAACAAGAGGCCGAAGCUGACUAUAUCGGACUACUAAUGAUGGCCGAAGGCUGCUACAAACCCGAAGCCGCCAUGGAGUUCUGGUCAAGGAUGGAGAAGCUCGGCCAACAAGGCCCUCCCCAAAUCCUCUCCACCCAUCCAUCGAACCACAACCGGGAAGCGAAGAUCCGAGAGUGGCUUCCGAAGGCACACGAGAAGGCCGAGGCAUCGGAUUGUCAUGCCAUGUCGGUAUACUCGGACCAGUUUUCUUCCGCAUUCGGGGGAUUCCGGCGAUGGUAGAAUGGGAGGGACUUGUAUCGUUUAUCAACAGCUGUACUCAUGUGUAGACGUUAGAGGUCGCGGCGCCUCCGAGGUAUUCCUCUGUACGAAUCAAUGACGAGUUAUGACUUGUGG